AACAGCUGUAUCACCAUCAUCUACCUACCGUUAUCUGGUCUCUUCAUCUUCGCCAUCGUGUUUGCGACUUCGCCUUGCUUUAUACCUCGAACCCUCGCCCCCCCCCCCACCCAUCGACACCACCGUCAUUGCUGCUGCCUCUCAUUCCUCUCCCUUCUCAUUCCUUUCUGAGUUCUAUCCAUACACCAUCCAAACUGUCUACCAGGAAACCUAUUGCAGCUUCCAGGGGAUUCUGCUACCCCUUUUUCGACCAAUUUAUUCACCCAUUGGAGUCGCAGCUCGCCUACAUACUCAUGAACUGAUUUGUCUCUACCUUUCAAAUAUCCACUCCUCUCACCACCGCACACGCCGACCAUGUCGAAACGAAAACUAUUACCCUUCCUCGCCCUUACCGUCACCCUCUUUUUCGUCUUUCUUUAUUACAGCACGUCUGUCCGCGAUACAUGGCACGGCCUGCCGCAGCAUGUUGGACUGGGUGAUCAUUUUGGGGAAGGUCAAGCAGACGACAACUCCACAACUCCCAAUCUCAAGGAUCCAGACUAUGUGAACUGGAACCCAAAGCCAAAAUUCACCAAGGGUAGCGCUAGGCCCGCAGGAGACAACUUCACUUCCGUUCUUGUCAUUGCCAAGACGAAAGAUGAGGAUAUAUCAUGGAUGGAGAAUGAGAUCCCAGACCAACCGAAGGCCAUCUACGUCGCCGACGACCCGACUGCACCGCUGCACCCCCCGAAGAACAAGGGCCACGAGGUCAUGGUAUAUCUGUCGUACAUCAUCGAUCACUACGAUGACCUCCCGGACGUGUCGAUCUUCAUGCACGCACAUCAGUUCACAUGGCACAACGAUGAUAUCUUGGGCAACAAUGCGGCGCAAAUGAUUACCAGGUUGAGCCGCCCGAGGGUGUGGCGCGAGGGUUUCGUGAACAUGCGCUGCAGUUGGCACCCUGGUUGCCCCGACUGGAUGCAUCCCGGCGAGACCAAAGAGAACGUCUACAAGCAGGAGGAGACCCUGCUCGCAAAGUCGUGGAGCGAGCUCUUCCCUCUCGACGAGAUACCCAAAGUGCUCGCGCAGCCCUGCUGUGCCCAAUUCGCUCUUUCCCGAGAACGAAUCCAGGCCAUGCCCCACUCCCAGUAUGUUUGGUAUCGCAAUUGGCUAUUCAACACCCCAUUGCCCGAUUUCCUUUCUGGGCGCAUCUGGGAAUAUGUCUGGCAAUUCGUGUUCACAGGCCAAAAUAUCGUCUGCCCCAAGGAGCACAUGUGCUUCUGCGAUCAGUAUGGUAGCUGUUUCGGUGGCGAGGAUGAGUUCAAGGUCUUCAUAGACCGCAAGAACGAGCUCGGCGGCAGGGAGGCCGAACUCAGGGACUGGGAGGAGAAGGGCAAGGCCAUCAAGGAAGCGCAAGAUGAAGGGAGAUUCGACGAAGCCGCGCAGCUCGAGAAGCCCGAGCCCGGCAAGGACCAGACGCUCAAGAAGGAGAUCGAGCGCCUGAGGCCAAUCGUCAACAAACUCAAGGACGAGGCCUACGAACGCGGCAAAGACCCCAAGAACCGAGCGAAAGAAGCCGGUCGAGAAUGGCACGAAGGAGACGGAUACUAGUUUUGGGUCUUCUUCUAUCUUGUGCAUGACUCUUUUCAGCAUUUGUCGGCGUUGGUGGCGGACGAUAUCUUGGGACAGAU